CAGAUCCUGCCAGAAUGUCAUCGGGAAAUGCUCAUAUUGGUAAACCAGCCCCUGGCUUUCAGGCCACAGCCGUGAUGCCUGAUGGGGAAUUCAAAGACAUCAAGCUCUCAGACUACAAAGGCAAAUAUGUUGUGCUGUUCUUCUAUCCACUUGACUUCACCUUUGUUUGCCCAACUGAGAUUAUUGCAUUCAGUGACAGAUCUGAGGAGUUUCGGAAGAUCAACUGUGAAGUAAUUGGAGCUUCUGUUGACUCCCACUUCUGCCACCUUGCCUGGAUCAACACUCCUAAGAAGCAAGGUGGUCUGGGUAACAUGCGCAUUCCUUUGUUAUCUGACAAAAAGUGCGAUAUUGCUAAAGCGUACGGAAUACUAAAAGAAGAUGAAGGCAUUUCUUACAGGGGUCUCUUUAUCAUUGAUGAUAAGGGAACUUUACGCCAGAUCACAAUUAAUGAUCUCCCAGUUGGCCGUUCAGUUGAUGAAACACUCCGGCUAGUUCAGGCUUUUCAGUUUACAGACAAACAUGGAGAAGUGUGUCCAGCUGGCUGGCAACCUGGGAGUGACACAAUCAAGCCUGAUGUUCAGAAGAGUAAAGAGUACUUCUCCAAGCACAAAUAAAUGUGCGUCAUUUCUGUGUUUUGUA